AUAAUGCAUGUUUUAGUUUUCACUACAUUUCCCAUGAUGCACCAUACACCGGAUGUAGGAACUCCAACGCGGAAGCAUGCGAAGAGUGAGCCGGCGGUCAUGUGAAGAUGGCCCGCUGCUGGAGGAGCAGGAGACGGAGGGACAACGGCAGCUGCACGGCCUUCUCCUGCAGCAGCUCCACACUGAUGUCGACAUAGACAGAUGCGUGGCUAAGAAGCAAUGUUUUGCCCCGGCGGCGCUCUACCGGCCUUUUGGGGAGCAGGCGGCCGGUGUGAGGAGCCUCUCCCAGUUCCAGGCCCUGCAGGACGGAGAGCAGGAGCUGGCCAGCCUGCGGGAGCUGGGUCUCACGGACGCUGAGAUCCUCCUGUGGCAGAGCAGGGACCACCCGGAGAUACCUGAGCAGUGUCACGGCGUGUGUGCAGCUCCCGGCGUCAAGCAACAGCGCCUCCAAGUGAUCCGAGACAAGAUUGCAGUCAGGGCGGAAAUCCUGGCCCGCCCACAGCGCUUCGCCGCUAGUCGGGCGCUGUCACGCCGCGAGAUGGAGAUCGAACAGGCGCUUUUCCAGGGAAACGAUCGCCUGGGUUUCCUUGCUUCGCUUUACCAUUGUGGUGAAAAUAACCAAGAUGGCCAGCAGGGGGCGACAUCCUCAGAUCCAAUGGACUCUCUCUACAAAGAUCUCCUCACUAAGGAGAAGCAGCAAGCGUCACUCCAGGGUCCUCGAACAUCUCCCAUUCCCACACAUGAACCCACAUCUGUGCGGUCACAUGACUCACAGGGAGACCAAUCAGAGGAAAGCUCCCAAAAGGAGCUACGGGAAGAAAAUAGUAGCAGAUCAGAACAGUCUGAGGGGCACCCAUCUCCCCCGGUGGUGAUCAACAUAAGCCAGCCGAUAGGCAGUCUUUGUGGAGCAGCGAGGGCGGAGUCAGGCGGCGUGAUGACCGUCACAGGGGAGGUCACGGAGGUGACAGAGGAAGAAAUCCUGGAAAACAGGGAAACUGAAGAGGGCAUCCAAAGCAUUCCGAGGUUCAGGAACUACCAACCUGGAAAUCCCUCCAAAGUUUUGUGUGUAAAGAACCUGAGCGCACAGGCAUCAGUGGCCCAGCUGGUGGCGCUGUUCUCCCGGUUCGAGGGGGCGAGCGGUCCCCCGGUGCUUUACCGACUCCUUACGGGACGAAUGAAGGGGCAGGCCUUCAUCACCCUACCAGACACUGAAACAGCCCAGAAAGCUUUGCAGCUGGUCCAUGGAUACCGUUUGUUAGGGAAACCUUUGGUGGUUGAAUUUGGCCGUGAGCGAAAGGAAGCUGAACAGGAAGAGAAGAAGAAAUAAAAAGUAACGCAACACAACAGUCUCAGAUUUGUUCAGCAGCCAAAAUUGACAUUUUUUCCUAUUAUAUUUGUACCUACAGUUAAUUAGGACAUGUGGAUGAUGUAUGUGGUUUUUCCAACACAUCAUUUAAAGCAUACUGGACUAAAAAUAAAAAUUCCUGUCUGAUCCA